GAGCACUACACAAAACCCUACACAGUACGUCAACACUAGCCAAUUAUAAUUAAACGUACGUGUUCAUUUCUUAAAGAAUUUGCAUUUCUUUGUGUCACUUCCUCCUCUAAACCUUAUAUGCGCUAAAACUCCAUUAAUUUGCACGAGCUGUAGCAUUCGUUGAUAUACCUUCUAAUGGAGGCGGCAUCGCCGUCCGGUGGAAACAAUGAUCAGAAAUCGCUGGAGGUCAGCGGUAGCGGUGGCAAAGGGUUCAUGCUGUUUGGUGUAAGAGUCAUGGAAGGAUCGUUUAGGAAGAGUGCUAGUAUGAAUAACCUGGCUCAGUAUGAACAACCCCAUGAGUCCAACAAUGAUGUGGCCGCUGGCUAUGCUUCUGACGAUAUUGUCCACCCUUCUGGCCGGAGUCAUGAUCGGAAAAGAGGAGUGCCAUGGACUGAGGAGGAACACAGGUUAUUUCUAAUGGGGUUGCAGAAAGUAGGGAAAGGAGAUUGGAGAGGGAUUUCAAGAAACUUUGUGAAGACACGUACACCCACACAGGUUGCAAGCCAUGCUCAAAAGUACUUUCUCCGUCGGAAUAACCAUAACCGCCGGCGCCGGAGAUCUAGUCUCUUUGAUAUUACCACUGAUACGGUUUUGGGUUCGAAAAUUGAAGACCAAAGGCGUCAAGAAAAUUCAUACCGCCCAACAACAGUAGCACAACAAAAUCUAAGCAAAAAUAAUGAAAAAUUCCCCCUGUCGGCUUUUCUUGCACCAAUGACAAGAGAAAAUUCAAUGGAGAAUCUCACUCUAGGAAUGAAACAUUCAACCAAUCCCAUCCGUCCAAUUCCAAAUCUUCCACCUCCCCCAUCUUCAAAAAUGGCCAAUUUAGAUCUAAACAAGACCACCACGAUCCCUACACCUGAGCCUCUCCCUUUAACGCUUAAGCUAUCCAUAUCACCACCUCCGCCGCCGCCGCCAGCCGACCAUUAUCCAUCUCCGACGAGACACGUGUCGGGUUUCCAGACAAUACAAGCUAGCUUUAGUAGCAGUAGUGGAGAUAGCAUGGUCAGUGUUUCUUGAUGGAAUAAUGUCAUUGAUAUCUGUGUUGUAAAGUUGGGGUAAGAAAAGGCUAAAGUUGGAUGAUUAAUUAGUUAGGUUUGGAUAUAAUUUAAUAUUUAGAUUAUUGUUGAUUAGGUGGGUACGUGAUGAUGAUAUCUUAUUGUAAAGGAUAGAAAAGAUUGUGAAAUUUGGUGUCAUUUUCAAGAGUUGGAAUUCCUGUUUGUUUAUA